CGUCGGAGGUAUUCCCGGCGCCGGUCUGCGGUUCGGCUCGUCGACCGAUAUAAAUGCAGGGUGGCUAUCCGCCAGAGCCAUCCGUCCCAUCGUGGAAUUCUCCUCCUUUCCAUCCUUGCUCUUUGCUUGUCGGCCUGGCCAGUUGGUCACUCACAUCCGUUGGAUUCGCUGUCCGUCUCUGCUGUCUGUCUGCGCUGGGUGUUUUGCCUCUAUACCACACUGGCGGUCGUAUUCUGUCUUGUCCCGAAAUCGCCGCAAUGAACCGAAUUCUGCGAUCGUGUCACUCUGCCCUGGUCGGGUCUGGCCGUGUCUACAACGCCGCGCUGGUUCGUCCCGCUGUGUCUGCGCGCCUUGCAGCCAGCCGGUCAUUCAUGUCCGCCCCGACCCUGCGCAGCUCGAACGAUGGCGACCUGAACUUUCUCGAUAGUGUCCAGGUCUUCUUUGACCGCGCUGCCAAGCACUCUGGUGUGGACGAGGGCACCAUCGCCCAUAUCAAGGCGGUCGAUGCUGUUCUGAGCGUCACCUUCCCCGUUGAUCUCCCUGACGGCACUGUCGAGAUCAUCAAGGCCUACCGUGCCCAGCAUUCUCGCCACCGCACCCCAGUCAAAGGCGGUAUCCGCUACGCCCCUGAUGUGGAUCUGCAGGAAGUCGAGGCUCUUGCCUCGCUCAUGACUUUCAAGAACGCUGUCGUCGAUGUCCCUUUUGGCGGUGCCAAGGGAGGCAUUUGCAUCGACCCUCGGAAGUACGAUGUUGCGACUCUUGAACGCAUCACCCGACGAUACACCAUCGAGCUCUGCCAGAAGAACUUUAUCGGCCCCGGUGUGGACGUCCCCGCUCCCGAUGUCGGUACCUCUUCUCGCGAAAUGUCGUGGAUCAUGGAUACCUUCCGCCAGUUCAACCCCAACGACGUCAACAGCAUUGCCUGUGUCACAGGCAAGCCCGUCCAUCAGGGUGGUGUCCGCGGCCGCAACGAAGCCACGGGUCUCGGUGUCUACUACGGCAUUCGCGAGUUUAUGAGUUUCCCUGAGAUCCAGAAGCAAACCGGCCUCUCGGGCAAGAUCAGCGACUGUAGCGUGGUCAUCCAGGGCUUUGGCAAUGUGGGAUACUGGGCCUCCAAGUUCUUUGAGGCCAACGGCGCCAAGAUCAUUGCCAUCGGCGAGCGCGACUGCGUCGUGUACAACCCUGCGGGUCUCAAGAUGGACGACCUCCACGAGUACCGCAAACAGACCGGCAGCUUCAAGGGCUUCCCCGGCGCGACCAUCAUCGAUGAGCCUUCCAAGGUCCUCGAGCUUGAGUGCGACAUCCUUAUCCCUGCCGCCUUGGAGCGACAGAUCACCUCCAAGAACGCCCACAAGGUCAAGGCCAAGCUCAUUGGCGAGGCCGCCAACGGCCCAGUGACUCCUGCUGGCCACGAUAUCUUGAUCAACCGCGGCGUCGUCAUCGUCCCGGAUCUGCUCCUCAACGCCGGUGGUGUCACUGUCUCCUACUUCGAAUGGCUCAAGAAUCUCAGCCACGUCCGCUUCGGUCGUAUGAACAAAAAGUGGGAUGAGCAGGGCAAGUCCAAGCUCGUCGAGCUCGUCGAGGAGAUCAGCGGCCGCAGCCUCUCGGAAGCCGAGCGUCGUCAGGUUGUCUACGGUGCUGAGGAGCACGAUCUGGUUUACUCGGGUCUUGAGGACACUAUGAUCCAGGCCUGCCUUGAGACCCGCCAGACCGCCCACGAGAAAGGCAUCGACCACCGCACCGCCGCUCUCUGCAACGCCAUCGUCAAGAUUGCCCUUGUCUGGGAGGGCAGCGGUAUGAUCUUCAAGAACUCCAAAUAAGCGCCGAACAUAUCCCUGUCGUUUGGAGGAGUAGAAUUUGGGUAUACAACUAGAGUCGAUCCAAUAAAAAACGGGACACCCGUGAUUUUGACGAUUGAUCAAAUAUUUUAUUACCCAAUACAAUCGCGCGCUGGCCAUGA